AUGUCUCUACCUCAACCAAUCACCAGGUUGAGCAGCAGCCGCUUCGGCCAGCAGAAGUGGUUGGUGCCAGCCGUCUCGCCCGAUGGUGCUCGCACGCUGCAAAUCCUCGCGUCCAACUCUUCUGGAAACGAGGACAUGCGUGCCCUCAAGACCGCGGUGCGAUUGGGGCGGGAGCUGCUGAAUCUGCAAUCGACUCGUGCAUGUAUGUGCUGGAUCGCUACAUCUCCUGCGACCGACCAGGCUAAAGCUGCCUGGUGA